AUGAUGCCACUUAUACAGGAACCGCAUUUGAUAAAUGAUGCAAAUGUUUUUGCUCAUGGUUCUGGUUUCAGUAACAGUUCUGAAAAUUUAACCUCUUCUUCGAAUAGAGAUAUAUCGCCUACGCAUAGGCCCUCUUUAGGAUUACACAACUCAAAUGAUUCUCAACAAAAGAUAAGUGAUAAUACUUCAAAUAGUAACAAAAAUUCACCUCUACAAUUGUCUUCUAUGUUGCAUACAAUGUCAUUAAGCAAUGAAUUUCAAACUCAGCCUCAACCUCAACAAAAAUUGGAAUGUCAAGGCCCAUAUGUUUUAAAAUUGAAAAAUUUGCCAAAAGAUAUCACCUUAAGGGAAUGUCAUGCUGUAUUCGCCUUAGCCGAAAAUUUUUCGAAUAUUGAAUUGAUUAAAGAAGAGAAUUCUGAAGAUCAAUCAAUCAUCGUUAAAUUUGAUUCAUUGGUUACUGCUUCUCAAUAUGCAUCAAUCCUUGAUUCUAAGGCAAAUAUUUUUGGCCCUGAUUAUCCAUUUAAAACUUACGUUGAAAUAAUCGAUGAUCCAACUGGUAAGCAGAUUUCGUAUCAGUUAUAUGCUCCAAACUUCCAAAAUUAUCAAUUAUCGAGUCCAGAUUUAGUAAAUUUGUCGAAUCUACAAAAAUCUUCUGUAUCCUCUGUUGCAGGAAAUUCAUUCACUACCGAUAGACCAAAGAAAUCAAGAUUCUCAUUUGGUGAUACUUUCUCAAAUGAUUUCUCAUUAUUAUCACAAACACAAUUGCAUCAAAAAGAAAAUCAUAUUCAAUCAUCAACAACUAGUAUGCAUAAUCAAUCUUCUCAGCAACAAAAACAGCAUCAACAGCAUCAGCAAAAGCAACAAAAACAACAGCAUCAACAGCAGCAGCAACAGCAGCAGCAGCAACCGCAACAUCAACAUCAACAGCAACAGCAACAGCAACAGCAACAUCAACAACACCCAAUUGUUCAAAGUAGUCCUCAGUCAUUCCAAAAUUUAUCAGGAACUAGUCAACCUCAGCCAAGAGAUGUUGGAAAAUCAUUUUUACUAAUGGAAAAUGAUGAAAUCAACGACACUAUUUGGGGUUCCAAUGGUAUUCCAUUCAACGUAGAUGAAGUUCAGCAAAACGUUCAACCUUCAACUCCAAUAUUUGAAUGGGGAUCUUCUUCUAGCAGGAAGCAGAGCAAUACUUUUGCAAUGUACCCUGGAGUUGGUGGCCUUCAACAACAUACACCUGUUGUUAAUCAAUCAAACAGUGCUGUACAGAUGUCGGGUAUUUCAACUGAAGGUUUCUUACCAACUCCUCCUAACCCACAAGUUCCUCCAUAUGGUAUGGUUCAACCCGUUAAUCCAGCAAGUCAACCUCUAAUGUCUCCAUUGGACAAUGCAUUACCACCUGCUCAACAGCAUUCUCAUAUUAUGCCUCAACCUACUUAUCACUCUCAUGAUUCUAUUCAACAAGAAGCUCAAAUUAACAAAUCCCAAGCAGGUACUCCUCAAAAAGUUCAACCUGUAAGAAGUAACAGAAGUGGCCAAAACAUGAUGAAUAAUCAAAAGAAUUCGUCAGGAACUUCUAUUUCAUAUAACUCUAUGUCUGGAAAUGGGACAAUUUCCCAAGCUGACUUAUCAUUAUUGGCGAAAGUCCCACCUCCAGCUAAUCCAGCUGAUCAAAAUCCUCCAUGUAAUACUUUGUAUGUAGGUAACUUGCCUUCUGAUGCAACUGAACAUGAAUUAAGGCAACUAUUCUCAUCUCAACCAGGUUUUAGAAGGCUAUCGUUCAGGAAUAAAAAUACAAAUGGUAAUGGUCAUGGUCCAAUUUGUUUCGUCGAAUUUGAGGAUGUGAGUUUUGCUACUAGGGCGCUUGCUGAAUUGUAUGGUAGUCAGUUACCUUCUACAAAUGUAAGUAAUAAGGGUGGUAUAAGGUUAAGUUUUUCGAAGAACCCAUUAGGUGUUAGAGGACCUAAUAGCAGGAGAAACAAUAGUUCAACCAAUAUCAAUAGUAAUUCUAAUACGAAUAACUAUAGUUAUGUUUCUGCCUACAAUAAAUCAUAG